AUGCUCCAAAACGGCGACGCUACCUAUUCAUACCCGCUUAGCAGUUGGGCCUACCACCAGAAACUGAACCAGUUCCGGCUCAUUAUCCAGCUCGGAUUCGAACUUUCCAUCUAUUCUCCCGAGGAACUACCAGGGAUGUACUGGUACUUGUCCCACAUCUGCUCCACACAUCUCGGCCACAUUGACCGAAUCCGUACAUUUACCGUUGCUGCCGCGAAGCGGAACCUGACCGCUCUGGCGGGAAAGAAACGCGAUGCCGUUGAGCGACACGCCGCUCUACAAAAUACGCUCCGUCUUCUCGAAAGACUUACUACGCAAAUAGUCGCCGUGGAUGCCUUCGCCAUAUCCUUACACGCUCUAUAUGUUCUUCUGGCUCGCCAUGAAGUUUUGCCCACAGCAGCGGCUGCGCAGGCAUACUCCAGCGAAAGACUACGGUAUGAACUCCGCAUGAAGCCCUUCAUACCGAUUACUUUGCCGGAACUGGUUCCUUUCGACGAAUACCGCCGGGAGGCCAUCUUAGAAGGGGACAGUGACGAGGCAGUCCUGGAGCGUGCCACGAAAGCCAUCUCCGAAGCCCGCAAAGCUUGGGAAGCAACCCUCGCUAACGGUGCUUUUAUCCGGGAUCCUCAAGGCCAAACGAACCAGACACUAGCCAUUGAAGAAGAUUGGAAAAAGGAUGUUAAGAAUACGAUGCGGGCAUGCAUCGGGGCCAGCAUUGCCAUUGAAACUGUGAAGAAGGCGUUGGCAGCGCGCCGUGCAUCCACCAAUGCUGUGAACCUUCAGGUAAGUAUUCCUGAAAUGGGCUCGAAGGCGCGUUGGCAUGACUGGUGGGUUGUACCCCAAGUAUCUCCGACCCCGAGCGGCUCUCAGACAUGA